UGUCUUCUGUUUCAUUCUCAGUCACCUCUCCUGCCAUCCUGGUAGUUACCCAUUUUCCACUUGGAAGUUUUGKGGCAUUACCAGAAAUGUUCCUAGCAUCCUGGAUCUGGGGAACGGCAGUAAUACUUUGUUGUGUGUCUUGGUUUCUUCUAGGGAGGAGGAGAAGGCGGCAAGGUGAGCCACCACUUGAAAAUGGGUUCCUUCCAUACCUGGGYUGUGCCUUGAAGUUUGGUGCCAAUCCCCUGGAAUUCCUCAGAGAAAAGCAGAAGAAGCAUGGCCACAUCUUCACUUGCCAUGUAGCAGGGAAAUACAUUCAUUUCCUCACUGACCCUUUUUCCUACCAUGCAUUGAUGCGCCAGGGAAAACACUUGGACUGGAAAAAGUUCCAUUUUGCUACUUCAGCCAAGGCUUUUGGGCAUGGUAGCAUUGACCCAGCAGAGGGAAACACCACUGAAAAUUUUCAUCAGACUUUCAUUAGAACCCUUCAAGGCAAUGCCCUAGAUGCCCUYAUUGAAGCAAUGAUGGAAAACCUACAAUAUGUCAUGCUGCAGUCAAGAACACCUAAGCUUCAGUCUAAUUCCUGGGUGACAGAAGGACUUUAUACGUUCUGUUGCCAAGUGAUGUUCGAGUCUGGCUUUUUAACACUUUUUGGYAAAGAAUUUAAUUCAAAUAAUAAUAAAAACCUAUCAUCAAAGCAGGAAACUGAGAGAGCUCAUAUCUUAAAUGCCCUUGAAAACUUCAAGGAAUUUGACAAGAUUUUCCCAGCCCUCGUGGCAGGGCUGCCUAUCCACCUCUUCAAGAGUGCCCACAGUGCACGUGAGAAGCUGGGAGAGGCACUCCUGCACAAGAACCUCCUGAAAAGGGACAACCUCUCUGAGCUUGUCACCCUYCGCAUGUUCCUGAAUGACACCCUGUCCACCUUCGAUGACAUGGAAAAAGCAAAGACACACGUGGCAGUGCUCUGGGCCUCUCAAGCAAACACCAUUCCUGCCACUUUUUGGACCUUGUUCUACCUUCUUAAGAAUCCAGAAGCAAUGAGAGCUGCUACCAAAGAAGUGCAAAGUAUUUUGGAAAGUGCCGAAGAGAGUAUCAGCUUAGAUGGCAAACAUAUUUCCUUGAACCGAAAACAGCUGGAUAACAUGACAAUACUAGACAGUGUCAUCAAGGAGGCGAUGAGGCUCUCAAGUGCAUCCAUGACUUUCCGAGUGGCCAAGGAGGAUUUCACUUUGCACUUAGAGAAUGAUUUUUACAACAUUCGCAAGGAUGAUAUUGUAGCUCUUUAUCCUCAGCUGCUGCAUUUUGAUCCAGAAAUCUACACAGAUCCCUUGACAUUCAAAUACGAUCGCUUUCUGAACGAGAACGGAGAGGAGAAGACUGAUUUCUACCGGAACGGUCGGAAGCUGAAGCAUUACUACAUGCCUUUUGGGACAGGCAUAGCAAAGUGCCCUGGCAGGCUGUUUGCUGUCCAUGAGAUUAAACAAUUUUUGGCUCUGAUGUUUUCAUAUUUUGAGAUAGAGCUUGUGGACAAUGAUGUGAAAUGUCCCUCUCUAGAUCAAUCCCGUGCAGGAUUGGGUAUUUUGCAGCCAUCCAAUGACAUUGAUUUCAGGUACAGGCUGAAAYGCUUAUGAAUAUGUAUUUUGUAUUAUGCAUACAGACUAUGUACUAAUAGUACAUAAAUACACUGUAUAUACUAAUAGUACUAAAUACACUGUAUAACAUAUACUUUAUAUACAUUUUAUGUAUAUAUGCAAAUGAAAUGCUUCAAGUCUUGGGGGAAAAUCUAUAUGAAGAUGCUAAUUCACCCUUUUAAUGAAAAAUGUGCACCAAUGUGGUACCAGCAGGCAGUGGGUUUAAUGCACUGUUUUCAUGCAAAUAUCUCCCUUUUYAGCAGCCAUUUUGAAAGGCAAGUUAAGAUUUUCAAUUUAAUGUGGACAGCAGCAGGUUUUCUCUGUCAGCAAAUACUUUCCCACAGUUAGAAUUUCAUCAGCUAAUUCAUAAUCGUUUCAAAAUUGAACUAGGGUUAAAAUGUAUUUCUUCUCAUAAUUAAAAUGUUUGCAGGGGAGGGGGGUUCUCCCCACAGGUGAAAUAAAGUUUUUGUUGUAUAAAAGCAGAUUCACAGUGGGGAGGGGAGAAUUUCUGGGGAAGUACCUUUAUGGUUUUAUGGAAAACUAGAARACUUGAAAAAUACCUACAAGAAUGUUCACGUUAAAGUGAAACUGCAAAACUUGUAUUAUAUUCAUUGUACUUAUUUUCAGAAACUGCUAACUGUGUUAAAAUAAAUUAUAUUGGCUGAACCAAUUGUGUCUCUAGACUGCUGUUUUAAUGUCUUGACAUUAUCAAAGAUUUAUGCACUCAUCCAAAGCCACCAAAACCAGUUUUAAACUAGCCAACUCAAAUACCAAUAUGGAGGUAAAUAAAUAUCUGUCAUAUAUUAAUCAGUGGUUCUGUCUGGUUUUAGCCUCAUUACCUAAACUCKGUAAUUCCAUAAGCAUCCUUAGAUCUUCCUAGUCUAAUUCCAUUAAAGUUACUACAGGUAGCAGUAUGCCCACACAUUUAAUUUUUAGUGGUGCCAUGCCCAAAAGAACAAUUGUUUCAGGGUUAAUAUAAUUCAGUUCUGUCUAACAUCCUUAUCCUUAUUUACUGCAAAUGAAAAAUGUUCGUGUGUCACAAAAGUCCACUUUAUAAUGCAACAUCUUUGGGCUGAAAGAGAGAGUGUUCUUAUCAUCUGCUGAUGAAAAGAACAAAUGGACUUAAAACAUUGUUAUCUUGUGUUUUUCUAAGGACUUAUGGUCUGACCUUUUGACCUUGACCCAAAAGUAAGCCUCAUGACAGAAGAUGAGAUACAGGAUAAUUAGAUGUUUUCAAAUUUCACAUUCAGGCAAGGWAUCCAGUGUAGGUGAUAGAGCUCUUCCUAAACAAGGGAUUUUGGAUUGAGUUCUAGAACUGCUUUAAAUUGCCUAUUCUUUUUGCCUCUCACUAUCCACUGGGCUAAAUAUUCAAAGGUUAAUAAAAAAAGAUUAUUCAUUSUG